AUGCAAACUCUAUUAUUCGAAGAAUCAAACAACAAAAAAAAUAAUUCAUACAGUAAUUACAAAUCAGAAAAUAAAGUCGAACCUGAAUUAUCGUCAAAUCUUUCCACUGCAGCCACCAUAAAUAAAACUACCACUAACAUUUCUAAUGCUAAUAUUAAAAAUAAUAAUACUAAUACUAACAAAGGUAUUCAUAAUCAAGUAGAUUCUACACCAGCUUCUACACCUUCUAGAAUAAAUAAAACAAACAAAAAUCCGACAUCUACAACAAAUAAUAAUAAUAAUAACGCUACUACCACUAUUACUAAUACAACAAAUAAUAUAGCUUCUUCACCGAAAUCAACUUCAUUAUCAACUUCAAUUAAUAACAACAAUAAUAAUUCUAAUACUACCACCACUACUAAUAACACCACCACCACUACCACCACCACUACAAAUCCAAACCCUAUUAAAAAGAAAGUUAUUAAUACAAAUACUGGUGAUAUUCAUCAUGAAUGGACACCAAGACAUCGUGUGAUGCCAUAUCGAAAUCAUGAACUUGAGAGAGAUUAUGAACGUGAUCGACUAUACAUGAAAGAUAUACCACGCAGAUUUGUUGAUAGAAUUUCUUCAAUUGAUUAUGAUAGGGGAAAUGGCAGAGGGGGAAAUGCUAAUAUUGCGAUUGGGAUUAGUGGUGGUAAUGGAGGUGGAGGUGGCAGAAUUAAUAAUAAUGACGGUGGUAAAAUAUCAACAAGACAACGAUCAUUAGAUGCCACCAAAAAAGAUGAUCAUUUAUUACUACCGCAUCGUGGUGGUGGUUUUGUCAGAGGAAGUGGUGGUAGCGGAGGUGAUCCACGAGAUAUGAUUUCUUGUUUUAGAAAAUUUGAUGACCGAACACAUCCUAUGGCGAUGAACCGUAGUCCCGACUAUUAUCAUGGCCCAAUGACUGAUCGAUCUAUGAGAGAUUUAGGCGGUAAGGAUCGUGGUAGUGAUCUUCAUUAUUAUAACAGUAAUAGAAACUUGCAACAAGAUAGGCCAAGAAUCGAAUCUAUAAGAAGAGAAGAAAGAUUACCAAUAGGAUUAGGAGGCGGUGGAGGUGCUGGUGGUACUAGAGAAUAUAACCAACAACAGCAAUAUAAUAAACAGCACCAGGAUCGAAAUUAUCAACAUAAUACACCUAACUAUCCAUCAUCACAAAAACAACAACAAUCACCACCAUCUUUUAUCAACAAAAAAGAAGAACCUCCUUUACCAUAUCCCUGGAAACGAUGUAUAUCCAGUAAAAAUAAGGCUUACUUCUUCAAUACCGAAACUCGUGAAAGCGGAGGUAAUCAAAAUGAAAAUAAUAAUAACCUAAAUUCAGGUAUAAACAAUAAUCAUAGAGAUCGUGAUGUUGAUAAUGAUGAAACGCCAAGUAAAAGGGCAAAGUUGGAUGAUAAUGAGACUAAAGGAGGAAGAUUACAAAAACAAGAACUUCACAAUAACGAAAAUUCAAAGAAACUUGAUAACGACACAAGAAGAUUAAUUAACAAUAAUAUUGUUAGCAAUAAUAAAGAAAUUAGGCCCAAUAGAAAAAAUAAUGUUCCUAUCGGCAAAUCAGAUUCGUCGCCAUUUUUACUUGAAGAAGUUAAUGAUCUUUCACAUAUGAUAGAAGUAGGUUCUGAAGAGGAAGAAGAUAAUGAUGAUAAAUUACCGGAACUUGUUGGUGUUAUUGGUCAAAUAUAUUAUCGAGGUUUUGCAUUGAGUGUUCUUAAUAAAAAAGCUGAAGAUGGUUAUGAGCGAGCAGAUUCAACUGAAUGGAUUGAUUGA